GGUCAUCCCCUGUACUGUGUCCGCAGUCCCUGGUCAUCCCCUGUACUGUGUCCGCAGUCCCUGGUCAUCCCCUGUACUGUGUCCGCAGUCCCUGGUCAUCCCCUGUACUGUGUCCGCAGUCCCUGGUCAUCCCCUGUACUGUGUCCGCAGUCCCAGUGGUCAUCCCCUGUACUGUGUCCGCAGUCUCUGGUCAUCCCCUGUACUGUGUCCGCAGUCUCUGGUCAUCCCCUGUACUGUGUCCGCAGUCUCUGGUCAUCCCCUGUACUGUGUCCGCAGUCUCUGGUCAUCCCCUGUACUGUGUCCGCAGUCUCUGGUCAUCCCCUGUACUGUGUCCGCAGUCUCUGGUCAUCCCCUGUACUGUGUCUGCAGUCUCUGAGUGAGAUUCUGGCUGCUGAGAGCACCCGCUGGCCAGCCUUGGUACUGCAGCCCACAAGGCAGGUGAGUCCCACCACCAUUGGCGAGUCCAUUCCUGACACUCUGGUCAUUUCCUGUACUAUGUCUGCAGUCCAUUGGUUCAGAAUAUUUUUUUCUUGUUUUCCACCUCUG